GGUGAGCUGCUGGAUGAGGGAGCGACAGAGAAGGUGGAGAGCAGUCUCCAGACGGUACAGACAUAGCGGGCUCCAGGGCUGCGCGUCUUCUCGACCCGUCGUGUACCUCUUCAUGAGGUUCACUGCACGCUGGAUUUCAAAGCAGGGAGAGAAGAGAUGAGAGAGGGAACGACAGGGAUGAAAGAGGAAUAAAGUAGGUAGCUAAAGAAAAAGGGAGCGACAUCGCAAACGAGCCACCGAGGAGGAGACAGACGAGGAAGCAAAGAGGAGGAGGAGGAGGAAUUAAAGGGGAGAAAGGCUGAUUAAUAACACAAGAGAGGAGAGAUAUAAUCACUACGGCAGGCAUGGCAGAUGCGGAGCUGGACUUCCAGACAGGUGAUGCCGGAGCAUCCGCCACCUACCCCAUGCAGUGCUCUGCCCUGCGUAAAAAUGGCUUUGUUGUGCUGAAAGGCCGACCCUGCAAGAUCGUCGAGAUGUCCACCUCCAAGACGGGCAAGCACGGCCACGCUAAGGUCCACCUGGUUGGUAUCGACAUCUUCUCUGGUAAGAAGUAUGAAGAUAUCUGUCCCUCCACCCACAACAUGGACGUCCCCAACAUCAAGAGAAUGGAUUACCAGCUUAUUGGGAUCCAAGAGGGCUACCUGUCCCUGCUCCAGGACAGCGGGGAGGUGAGAGAGGACCUGAGGAUUCCAGAGGGAGACCUGGGCAAAGAGAUAGAGAGCAAGCACGAAGCCGGAGAGGAGAUCCUGAUCACUGUUCUAAAUGCAAUGAAUGAAGAAACUGCAAUUGGUAUCAAAGCCUUGGGUAAAUAAGCUACUGCAGGUAAAUACAGAGCUAACAGCUGUAUCGACAUGCAGCUGCCCUCUCACCCCCUCAACUACCGCCUGACCCAGCCUGCCUGAAGAGGAGUGUGUGUGUGUGUGUGUGUGUGUGUGUGUGGGUGUUACACCACAAGCCACCAGCAUGUGCCAUGCCGGUGCAAGUGUGUGUGUGUGAUGUCAUACAUGUACAGUUUGUUCUUCAUCAUCAUCAUCAUCAUCAUCGGAGGGGAAGGCAACUCCAGUCAACAAGUCUGAGGUUUGAAAGGUAAAAAAGACGUCACUUUAAAAUGUUAUUUACAAUUAUGCAUAUCCACCAUACUGGAAAUAUCCAUGUUAUUUGUAGAAUUACUUUCCCUGUGUAUAUAUUUGUUUAAACCGGACCUAUUAGUCGUCAGCUGAAGUGUAAAGAUUUAUAACUGACGAAAGGUAGCUCAUUUGAUGAUUCAAAAUGUGAAGCCUGUGUGAAGUGAUGGUUACUGAACAGUGUGCCACCGUGGCCUUGCCUCCCCCUUAAUGUAUUGUUUGUCUCAUGUGAACACCAUUACGAGCAUGUGUAUCAUUUCCAUCCAAUAUAAAUGAAAGGUGAACGGUGGUUCAUAUUUAAUUUUCGA